AAAUCGACAAUAGUUUUGGACUUGUCUACAUAAGUGAUUGAUUAAAAUAAAUAAAAAAGAAAAAUUCAAAAAAUCCAGCCAAUAGAAUUAUAACGUUUUUUCUGAGAAGCUCUAUAUGAGUGUCACCUCAGCAAAAAUCACUAAAGUGACUUCUCUUUUAAUGUAUAGGGAGAUUAUUCUAAUAUUAUUUUUUUAUUUUCUUUGUUUCAGCAAAAUUAGAAUUAGUCCGUAGCGAUCAAUGAGAACGUGAAGGCGUCUUUUGCUGCUAAGCUGAAGGUAUGCUUAGCAAAACACUGUCUCACACCGGAUGGACCAGCCUCACAAAGGAAGUAUGGUAUUGGCUCAUCUGGUAUUGGACCAACCCCCACUCUGUCUGAGACACAGCAAAGUGCUCCGCUUCCCGUAUGAUGAGAGAUGAGCACAAUAAUUUACCGAUGCUUCACACUACCGAGAAAAAAUCCCAUGCUGGUAUCCGUCUAGAGAUAGUAAGUAAUUUUGAUUUAUUUUUUUCGCUUUAUUAUUUAGCUUUUCAGAUUUUCAUUCUAUUUGUAUUAUUUGUAGGCCGGAAAGACAUGCAUAAUGCCAUCUCUUUUGGAGAUUUUCGAGAAGACACAUAGAACACAGUGUGGGAGUUUUGUGGAUCCUAGGUCUGAAAAGAUCUACAAUGACAUCACUGCUCGGAUUGAGGAGUGCUAGACGCAGCUGACCUAGCAGUCUCCAGAUGGGUUGCCCAUCAUACAGAUGCAGAGGGUUUGUAUCUUAAACGGCAGGAACUCUGGAUUUUAGAUCCACCAGCCCAUUCCGCGGAUGAAGAUGUGGAGUUAGGGGGAAGGAGCAGCUCGGACUACUUCGGCGACGACCUCAACCACUAGCUUUAUUUUUUUUUUUGUUUUUUUUUUUGUAUUAUAAACUUAAAUGUAAUUUUAAAUUAUAUUUCAUAAAUUUUAAUUUUUUUUAAAUUUUUUGAUUCUUGUAUAAUUUUAGUUAUUUUAUAUUUUUAAUUAUUUUAAAAAUUAUUAUUUUUAAAAACAACAAAUUAGAACAAUCGAAGUAAAUUUGUAAUUACAUUUUCGAGCACUUUACAAGUUACUACUUGUUAGCUCCUCGUAAAAUAUUUGACGAGUUUACAUGAACGUUCACGUAAACUCAUUAUAAAUUGUUACUAGAAAUUAACAUCGACAACGAUGUAAAUUUUUCGUAAUAGUUACAUGUUUUGGGGGACGAUAUAACUUUGAUAAUUCACGAGUAAGUCACAACAAUUAUUACGAGUACUUUACAAAAAAGUAUAACCUCAUAACUUUAUUAUGAAUCCACGACGAAAUUGGUUUUUGUUUACGAUAAACAGUUUUUCUUGUAACGCUAACGAGUAGUUUACAAUGAAUUUUCUGUUAAGGCGGUCAAUUUACGAUGAAUCAUUCAACUUGGUUAAUUCAUCCUAAAUCACCAUUUUAUGAUGAAUUAACCACGAUAACUGACUUCGUAAAGCUUAUGCUUUAUUGUAGUGUAAAGAUUAUUACACACUACUAAACAUUAGUACUUAUAAGAAAUUAGACCAGUAAAUAAAUUUGGAGUUCAUGAUCACAUUUUUGAAUAUGAACUCUAGAGUAGUGAUAUCAUGAUAAGAUACUUUUGUAGCUUCAUACCAUUUUUGACAUCUCACUUGUAAGACCUGACCCUGAUGCUUGUGUGGACCAAUCACACAAUACGAGCCGACAGGAGACCCGAGUCUGGUCGGUUCAUAUCCCGUUUAAGUAUAAUAUUCAAUUGAGAUUCUAACCAAUUUUCUAAAUUAAUUAAGCAACACAUAACCAAAUAAAACCAUAUGGCCGUUUUGUAUAAAUCAAAAAGGAUUUGAUUCAUUUUUGUUUAAAUGUAGUUUUAUCAAUCCUAAAUAAUACUAAAUCCAAAUGAAUCUAACACCACUCAUUCCUAUCGGCCACCUGUUUUGCGUCAACCCAUAUCAUCCUUAGAACAUGCCACAUUAAAUGAGGCAUAAGCAAUUCUACUAUUGCUUAGUGAGUAAAAUCAUUCCGACUACAUGGUUAGACCCGAAAACCUAACCUUAACAUGUUAUGAUCCUAAGUCUUUUAUGUGACGAUAGCCUCAUAGUCCAACCGAUCCAUUCAACACUCGGCAUCAUGGUUUUGGUCCACUAAGUGUGAUUCAUUCCCAAGGGAAAGCCUUGGCGAAUUCCUCCCCUGUGUCGGCUGCCUAGGCCAAUCACCUUGCACCUUGUAAAACCGAUUGGCCCAUUGGCUUCACCAAAGCAUACGACCAUACUUAGUCUAUAGAAAUUAUAGCAGGUUUGAAUUAUCUAUAUGAAUGCACCAAACACAGGUAAUACACUCUCCCUCAAUUCCUUAUGUAUCAAUCAUGCAACCCUCAAUCAAUCCAACCAAACAAUCCUAGAUCGACCCAAAGGCCAUAAACAUGAACAUGCCAGUCAUAAACAUUUGGUUCUAACUCUACUCACCUUAGUCAAUUAGAGAGAAUCAGAGAGAAGAGAAUCACAAACAACAAAAGGCACCCUUUUUGUCUUUUUCUGAAAACUGCCCAAUCGCCUUGCCAGACUGUCUCACCAGACCGUCUGACCACCCGUCUGGUUGGGUCAACCACUCGGCCUUAACCAUUUUCUGGUUAAACCUCUCCUUAUCUCACGCCGCAAUCUCUCUCUCUCUCUCUCUUUUCUCUCUCUCUCUCUCUCUCUCUCUCUCUCUCUCUCUCUCUCUCUCUCUCUCUCUUUUCUCUAUUAUUCAAAAUAUAUUUAUUAUUAUAUAAUAUGCAAAAAAUGCAAAAUAAAUAAUAAUGUACGUACAGCUUAGAUUGCCCUUAGUGACAACAGGAAGAUGGUGUUUCACAGAUGGUUCUUGGAAAGAUAAAGAUGUUUUUUCAGGACAAAGUUGGCUCAGUACCUUUCCAGGGUUUGAGGGUUUGUUAGGAGCAAGGAAUGUAAGGGCAAGUUUAUCACCUCUUCAUGCGGAGAUAGAUGCAUUGACUUGGGCAACGGAAUGUAUGAAAAACUUAAGAUAGUAUCAGGUCACGUUUGCAACAGAUUGUUCUCAACUGGUGAUGAUGGUUUCAGAACCAGAGGAAUGGCCAGCAUUUAGAAGUUACCUAGAGGACAUCAAGCUUUUGAGAAGAAGCUUCACCAACUCAAAAAUUGUUCAUGUUUCGAGGACGGACAAUAAAAUAGCGGAUCGCUUGGCACGCAUUGCUCGGAUACAACCGUCGUUCGUGAUACACAUGGAUGCAGAGUUGCCACUAUGGUUUACGAAGUCUAUAUGAGUCUAUAAAUAUUUUUACUGUAAAAAAAAAUAAUAAUAAUAGUGUACGUAAAAUGAUUUAUAUUCCGAAAACAACGAAAAAUGUGUUGAAGCCAAGGAAGGAUUCAUACUUUGACAGUUUUCACAUCCAAUGGUUCAUAUCUUAUUUGGAACAUUAGAUCAGACAAAUUCCAUUGUUCUUUUUGUGAACGAUAGAUAAAAUACAACUUUGAAGAAAACUAAGAAACUAAGAAAAAUGCUUAUGGAGCAUUCAUGUAUUUCUUUUAUUUUGGAGUAAUUUAUCUUUAAUUUAGUAAAAUUAAAAACUGUAUAUAUCACUAUAUUUGUUUUUCAAAGUAUGUCAUUAAUUUUUGUAAUAGUAUGUCAUUAAUUAAGUCAUUUAAAUAAAUAUAAAUAAAUUAUAGUAAAAAGAUUUGAAAAAUGAAAAUGUUAUCUUCGAAACAUUAUUUCUUCAGGGAUAGUUUACUAUUUUAAAUGUAGUGAUCUAGUUUUUUAAAAGUAAUAUAAUUCAACAAAUUAGAAAGAAACAUAUCAUAAUGUGGGAAAGAAAUCUCAAAGUUUGAUUAUCAUUUUACAAUUUCAAAUUUUUAAAGAAAAAGUAGAUUUCUUGGAGCCAAAAUUUUUAAAUACAUUUAAUCAAUUAAAUGCCACAGGCGCACAAAGAAACUUUUCAAAUUGAUAAAAUCUUCCGGUGCAACCUUAAUUUACCAUAAUAUCACACAACAAAGACCUUCUUUCAAGUGUUUAUUUAAAUAACUGAGAGAAAGGUAAUGGUAUGCUUUUGUGUUCAAAGACAAAAAAAAAAGAAAGGGUAAUGGUAUGAUUGACUGAGAGAAGUUAUAGAUCUCAUUCAUUGUCAAAAGCACCAUUGUUCUCUUUGAAAACACGACAAAUUAACUAUGCCUCGACUUGUAAACCAGUCAUCUGUCGAUGAGAAUAUUGCAAUGUUCUUACAAUUUGGGUUAUCAGAAGAUUCAGACCUGACGGUUAAUCAUGAUGUUAUUGCUCGGGAAAUUCAACAACAAUAUCAAAAUAACUCGACAGUUGACGAUGCUGCUAUUGCUUAUGAGAUUCAGCACCAAGAAGAAGAUUCAGACCUGACGGUUAAUGAUGAUGUUAUUGCUCGGGAAAUUCAACAACAAUAUCCAAAUAAUUCUGACCUGACGGCUAAUGAUGAUGUGAUUGCUCGGGAAAUUCAACAACAGUAUCAAAAUAAUUUGACAUAUGACGAUACUGCUAUUGCUUUGGAGAUUCAGAAACAAGAAGGUAAUCUACCCACUUCUCUAAGCGAUGAUGAAAAACUUGCUAGAUAUUUGCAGCAACAAGACGAAUCGGCAAAUAGCACGGAUGAAGAUAUACAAGGUACGUAUUUAUAUCUAUUUCAACCUACAGGGAACAAUUCAUACAUACCUGAACGUGAUGCUCCCUCGACUAGUAGAACAAUUAUUCAAUAUGAUGAUGAUGAUCACUUCUCGGGUCAUCAUACACAUACUCGCACCCAGUCAAAUAGCCCAUCAAUUAGCUCCCUUGAUCUUUCUACUAAUGAGAACACUGAUCCCGCAAAUAUGACGUAUGAGGAAUUGAAUGAGUUAGAAGACUCCAUGGGAAAUGUUGAUAGAGGUUUAUCGCAAAGAAGGAUUUCAAAAUUACCGACCUAUAAAUAUGGUGCGGAAACCAAAACUUGCUGCUGGCAAAUCAGGAAAAAGAAGUUCAUCGCAACUGAUACUCAGUGUUCGAUAUGUCUAGUUGACUAUGUGAUGGGGGAUAAAAUAACAACACUGCCAUGUAAACAUAUCUAUCAUAAGGAUUGCAUUUCACAAUGGUUGAAACAAAGCAAGGUAUGUUGCGUUUGCAAAGCCGAGGUUUAAUCCCUAGUGUUGGUUUCAGUAAAAAUUUAAUCCCUAAUGUUCUUGUUUGGACUAUAAUGUUGAUCAAUCAAUAUUGUUUAGAUUUAAAAUUUAUUUUUUGUGCAAUCACCUUCCCUAUGUAUAAAUUUCUAUUGUUAAUUUAGAUAAAUACUUAUGCAUGCGUGAGUUUAUAUAUAUAUAUAUAUAUAUAUAUAUAUAUAUAUAUAUAUAUAUGUCAAACAAGUAUUUAAGCUUAAUGGCUUCUUUUUUUUCUGGCAUUUUGUAUUGUUGAUAUGAAAUACUAAAAUGUAAAAAUUCAAACAUAAUUACU